AUGGUUAUCAAGACAGAAUCCUUUGAAAAUCAUGUCCGAGAUCUGGAAGAGAUUUUCAAGCAAAUCCGAAAACAUAACAUGAGAUUAAACCCGGAGAAAUGUGUUUUUGGAGUUCAUGGAGGCAAAUUCUUGGGAUUCAUGAUCACUUGUAGAGGAAUUGAAGCAAAUCCUGACAAAUGUCAGGCGUUGAUCAACAUGAGAAGUCCCAAAAAUCACAAAGAGGUGCAGAGGUUGGCAGGAAGACUUGUUUCGCUAUCUCGGUUUAUUCCGAAGCUAGCAGAAAAGGCCAAGCCUAUCUUCCAUUUACUUAAAAAGCCAAAAGAAUUCUGCUGGAGUGACCAAUUGGCCGACAAUGCUCUUAGCGCAGCACUUGUACAAGAGAAUGACAAAAAACAAACUCUCAUUUACUUCAUCAGUCGGGUAUUACAAGACACCGAGAGGAGAUAUCAGACAAUAGAGAAGCUAGUCUUGGCAUUGGUAGUUUUAUCUCGCCAACUUCGCCCUUAUUUCCAAAGCCAUCAAAUUAUUGUGAAGUCGGAUUACCCCAUCAAGCAAAUAUUCAAAAAACCUGAUCUGGCUGGACGGAUGAUAGCUUGGUCAGUCGAGCUCUCUGAGUAUGGUAUAAAAUAUGAAAGCCGAGGACCAUUAAAAGCCCAAUGUCUGGCUGAUUUUGUUGCUGAGCUCACCCCUGUUCCACCUAUGGAUGAACAAAUCUGGACGCUACACGUAGAUGGAUCUUCUAAUGUGAAAGGCAGUGGUGUUGGCAUUAUUCUUGAAAGGCCAAACGACAUGAUGCUCGAACUUGCUAUAAAAUUUGAUUUCAAAGCUACUAAUAAUCAAGCUAAAUAUGAGGCUCUGUUAGCAGGUUUAACAUUGGCCAAAGAUGUUAGUGUAAAGAGAUUAAGAUGUUGCAGUGGUUCCAAGCUGAUUACCGAACAAGUAGGAGGUGGAUAUCAGACUAAAGAACCCCAACUUCAAAGGUACAAUCUUAUGGUAUCCCAACUAACGUCUUUUUUCGAUAAUUUCCAAAUGGAGCACAUCCCAAGAGCGCAGAAUGCAAGGGCCGACUUAUUAUCAAAGCUUGCUAGCACUAAGCGCCCUGGCCAACAUAAGAUCAUCAUUCAAGAAACAAUAGCUGCCCCUAGUUGCCAAGUUACAGCAAUUUUUGCCAACAAUUCAUACCAGCAAGGUUGGAUGGCCGACAUUUGGAAAUAUCUUAAAGAUGGGACCUUGCCAGAUAGUAAAGUAGAAGCUUCCAAAAUUAAAAACAAGUCACGCCACUUUACGAUUGAAGCGGAUGAGUUGUUCAAACGAGGCUUUUCCAUGCCUCUCCUCAAAUGCUUAGACACAGAUCAAGCCAACUAUGUAAUGAAUGAGAUCCACCGCGGAAUCUGUGGCAUGCAUUCCAGAGCUCGGUCCAUGGCUGCCAGAGUUAUCCGAGUUGGAUACUACUGGCCGACUAUGAGAUCGGACUUCAACAUGGCCCUUUGCCUGGUGGGAGAUGGAUAUUCUUGGUCCUUUUUCCAAUAG